ACUUUUUGGUAAACCCGGAUGUGAGGACUCAACGCUGUCGCCGUGGCAUCAGAAUUUUAGAUUGUGUAAUAUGGAUGUGAUCGUAUGACAGGUGUCUGGAUCUGGUUUGUGGUGACGGUAGCUGCAUGAGACAACAAGAUGAUUCGAGCCGGAGGACUUUUGAAACUGGCGGCCUUGAUUUUUGUCUUCUUUCUGGCCGUGUUCCUUGCCUUUGAGCUUUUAGAGAAUAAUAUGAAUUUGGGGAAUUUGGGAAACUUGGGAAAAGUGUUCGCACGAUCUGCACCUGUAGAGACGGAGUCCCCCAAACCUCCCCGCAACAAAUGCGGCCUUUCUAAACCGUGUCCUGAGGACCAUUUAGCCUUUAAGGUCACCAGCGGAGCUGCCAGUGUAGUCGGCCCUAAAAUCUGUCUUCAGGACAACAUAGUAAUGAGUGGAGUGAGGAACAACAUCGGACGGGGUAUUAACAUCGCUUUGAUCAACGGAAAGAACGGCGAGGUCAUCAGGAUGGAUUCCUUUGACAUGUGGGCCGGAGAUGUCAACCUGCUUAUCAAGUUCUUGACUGCGAUUGAAGAUGGAACCAUCGUCAUGAUGGCAACGUUUGAUGAUCCUGCCUCAAAGUUGAAUGAUGAAGCUAGACAACUGAUAGCGGAUUUGGGCAGCUCGGUCAUCAAUUCUUUGGCCUUCAGAGAUAACUGGGUGUUUGUUGGUGGUAAAGGGAUUAAAACGAAGAGCCCCUUUGAACAGCAUAUCAAGAACAAUAAAGAGACCAACAAGUAUGAAGGCUGGCCAGAGGUUUUGGAGAUGGAAGGAUGCAUUCCCUUGAAACACGACUGAAAGCAGCCUCCCUUCAAAUUCUUUCCCAGAUUUUCCCCAAAACAACCUUUAUCAGGGAUGUGAAAGCGUGAGAGGUAAUGGAAGGAAUCUUGUUAUGCAAUUUUUUAUAUAUAUACAAGGUAAUAGCCUACUGUUUAAGUAGUAAAAUAUAGACUUUAAGUUGAACAUAUGAAGGCCAUCUUUCUGUAUUUUAAACUUUUACAUGUGUGCAUAGUUCAUGCGCCUUUUUAACAACACAUGUACAUGACUUUUACAGUCAUUUAUUUUAAUCAGUUUUUUUUAAAAGCAUGUACUCACAAAGAGCACAUCCUUGCACAUAAAUAAAAACUAUUCGAACAGGCCUGGAGAUCACCGACUUGACUAUGGGAAACCUGAUUUAGGUUAUACUGCUAAUGUACUGCGUACAAAUAUUGUCCAGAGAUUGAAGGUAGAGGAUUUUUUACUCUUCAUUUUUUUCUGCUUUGUAAAACACUGAAUGACUGAGUAUGUUGAUUCAAAGAUGAAUGGCUGACAUCUGCUGUUACCAAACAUUCUCUGCUUGCAGUACUUUAAUUUAUUUUUGGUCUCCUUAAAAAGUGAUAAAAAAUGUAUUAACAUGCGGAAAAGGGAUUUUUUUUAUUAACUAAUCAAUUGAUUUGUUUUUAAAGGAUUUUUUUAAAUCUUAGGUUACUAGCUUUGUUUCACUUUAUGCUCCAGUGUGAUGUAGGACUACUGCUUUUACUUUCUGAUGAAAUUAUUUUCAGUGAAUAUUGUUACAUUUGGGAGGUUACUGCAUAUGAAGAUUUCUAUUGAUGUCUUUUUUACUUUUUGUUAGCUUUAUAGAUUUUGUAGAGCUGUGGCACAACAGAGGUUGUUUUCAUGCACAUUAAGCAUCACGUUGAUACUAUUUAACCACUUGGCUUUUAUAUUCCAUAUUGUCCCUUCUUGGUAUCAUAAAGUAUUAUGCCACAUUUACAUCUAGUAAAGUCCCACGGUUAAUGAAGAAUGUGUAAUAUAUUCAUUUUUCCAAUGUUAUGCAUGAGUAACAAAAUACAUUUGGCAUACGCUUUUAUCCAAAUACUAUCCAUGCGAUGCUGCAGAUUAUGACCUGUCUUUCUUU